CAUAUAUGGGCAAGGGGUUAGUUAAAACUCGGUUUAAAACUCGUAGCUGUAACGCCGGGUCUCUUCAUUUGCUACACAUACAGAAUACAUAUUUUUCGGUAAGUAUAAACGUGGUAGACAUCGUGCCUUCGGCAGUGCCCGGACAGCCACUAUCGCACACAAUGGUGCAGAACCGGAGACUGAGGAGAGCCCGUGAUUGGACAGAAUUUAAGAAGAGGAUCCUGGACGCCCGACGUAGUGACGUGCCUACGCAGGGAGGCGGGGCCGGGGUGCUGAUCAAAUUCUAAAUAAAAGGAGAGGACAGUUUGAAUACAAACAAAUACAUCAAGUACAAUAAAGGUUUCAGCCAUGCCCAUCCGCCGAGCUGCUGGGACGCCACCCCAGGAGACAGCCCCCAAGAACCCCACAGCAGCAGAGCCCGACGCCAGCUCCGAGGAGUCGGCGUCCGCAGGGGAGGAGCAGGAGAGCGAGGCCCCGGCACCGGCCCCGGCCCCUGCUGCUGAGGACGGGCAGGCCAAGGGAGACGGCAAGGAACCCGAAAGCAAGGAGGAGAAGAAGGAGGAGAAGAAGCCUGCUGAGGAGCAGAAGAAAGAGGACAAAGAUGCCGUGAAGGAGAAGGAGAGGAAGGUGAGGAAGACUAUCCCCGCCUGGGCCACCAUGUCCGCCAAGCAGCUGGCCCGCUCCCAGAAGCGCUCCCAGGUCACCCUGUACGUGCGGCCCAAGAUCGACGACAUCCUCACGGAGGCCAUCCAGGCCUGUUUCCACAAAACGGGAGCCUCUGCCUUUGCCAUCCGGAAGUACAUCCUGAAGAAGUACCCAUCUCUGGAGCUGGACAGGAGGGGCUACCUGCUGAAGCAGGCCCUGAAACGCGUGCUGCAGAGAGGGGCUAUCAAGCAGGUGAAAGGCAAGGGCUUCUCCGGUAGCUUUACUGUGGUCUCCAGCAACAGUAAGCAAGCCCAGAAAUCCAAGAAGAAGAGCAGUUCGGGUCCUUCCAGAGCAGUGACCAUGCCAGAGCCCACAGAAAAGCUGGAGGACACUCUGCCUCUUAUCUUCACACGCCUCUGUGAACCCAAGGAGGCCUCUUACCGCCUCAUCAAGAAAUAUGUGGAGCAGUACUUCCCCAAGCUGAAAGUGGACAGCAGACCCCACAUAUUAAAAAAUGCCUUACAGAGAGCUGUAGAGAAAGGCCAGUUAGAACAACUGACUGGCAAGGGAGCAUCAGGAACCUUCCAGAUCAAGAAGGCAGGGGAAAAGUUUCUCCUGAACCGGAGCCCACUCGAGGAGGCCAUCCUGUCGGCCAUCACAGCCAUGAACGAGCCCAAAACCUGCAGCACCACUGCGCUCAAGAGAUUCAUCCUGGACAACAACCAGGGCGGGAAGGUCUACCUCCAGCUCAACAACCUGAAGAGGACCCUGCGGAGGUGUGAGAUGUUCGGCUGGAUGGAGCAGAUCUCUGGGAAGGGAUUCAGUGGGACUUACCAGCUGUGCUUCCCCUACUACCCCAGCCCUGCUACUCUGUUCCCUGACAAACACAAGGAAGGGGAGGAGGACGAGGAGGAGUCUUCUGAGGAGGAGGAGUCCGAGGAAGAGGAGUCCGAGGAAGAGUCGGAAUCUGAGGAGGAAGAGCCACCUCCCAAGAAAAGGCCACCUCAGAAGCGCCCCCCGCCCAAAGUGCGGACCCCCCCCGCUCCCAAGCGCCCCAUGCCGGCGGGCAAAAACAGGAGCGUGGGGGCGCAGAAGGCCAGCACCCAGGUCUUCUCCCCGAAGGGCAAGCGGCCCGCCCCGGCUAAGAAGCCAGCCCCCGUCAAGAAGCCAGCGCCCCCCAAGAAGGCCCCCGCGCCCGCCAAGGCAUCCCCGACCAAGAGGGCCGCCCCCUCGAAGAAGCCCAAGACGCCGGCGACCAAGAAGAUGACGAGCCGGGCUUCCAAGAAACCGCCGGCCAAGAAGACUCCGGCCAAGUCGCCCGUGAAGGCCAAGCCAGCAGCACGCAAAUCCCAGCGGACGAGGAAGUGAUCGCAGCGGGGGUUAAAGGUUAACUGUAGCUCUAGACACUGCAAUGCUUUUUCGUCUUUCUGUUGUUCCAUCUCCCGGUUUUGUUUUCUGCUCCUUAGUCUUUAGGUUUGCAUGUGGGGGAAACAGGCAUCCUUUUAAACCUUGGCUCUUCUGUUUUUAAUAUCUCUUUGUUUUUACAUUUUAAGGCAGGAAAAUGUUUUACACGAAAAACAAAGCUAACCCAGCUGCCAAUUUUAAUGAUUUCAGACAUUUACUUUAAAAAAAAAUGGGCUUUUAUGGUAGGGAACUUUUAGUGCUUGCGUUGUAAGGAAGACCAGCUUUUCCUUUCUCAAAGCCAAAUAUUGCGAUUCUAAAAUAGAUUAAAACUAGAGUACACUGCAAAUGUAAAUGUCAUUUAAGUUUUUUUUAUUUAGUUAUUCACGUACUGUGAAUACGUUCCACGGUAAAUUUAAGUCAGCUCACAGCAUAAAGUGAACUGUGCCUGGCCUGCCAGUUCCUUAAGAGCAGGCAAAUAUUCUUUUUUUUUUAAAUGUAAGAUGUCUCUUUAAACCACUCAACCAGUUGGUAAAGAUUUAAGCAUUUUGUAACUCUAACUUCAGACUUUUGCCCUGAACAACAGUUAAAGGUUUUAGGUUCGUUACUUCUGUACAGUAUGUCUGUUACUGUCUCCGUCUGAAUCAUUUUGUGUCCAUUUCACUCCAGCUCUUGAGCAAAUGGUUGUCACCUUUCUGGAAGUCUUUGUAAAGCCUUAAAGGGAUAUUAUCUUGACCAGUGUUUCUCAAGUUCAUACUUGUACCUCACUCACGUCACUACGAUUUUUGUCCGACAUCUUUUUCUGUUGUCGUUUUUAAUCUGGAAGUGCCAAGGACAUUCUUAAUGAAACGGAGGGACAUUUAUUUCAGCACCGUCUAGACCUCCUGUUCAGAUUUCAACUAUGAUGUUGACAGGACAGCUUCUUUUUAGGAUUACUGAAGAUUUUUCCUCCUUAAACUCUUAUGAAGGAAAACUAGACUGCAGUUGGCUAUAGCUUCCAAAUGUUAUAUGGUUCCAGUCUGAAAGCUGAAAAACUGUCAUUCAUCAGAAGGGAGGUGGAGCAAAUUGGACAGAAAGGGCUAUGAUUGGAUGACAGAUUGUAAGUAUUAAGCAGGACAAGUUAUUUGGAAUGGGUUGAAGAAGAACACAUUUUGGUGUAGCUUUUCUAUUAUCGAUAGUAGUUCAAAGAAUAUAUAUAACUCAUUCCAAAAAUAGUCUUGUAAAAACUGAUAAGCUUAUCUUAAAAGAGUAAAAGAGCUUAUUUAAAUCAGUGGUCCUUUAAAGUUACCUGUUUUUUGUUGCUGUAUUCUAUAAACGAAUUAAAGUGAAAGGCUAAUUUGAAUUUGGCCAUAUUCUCUGUGUGUUAGUGUAUGGCUGUGAUUAAGAAGACUUUGUUUUGGAUAACCCUUUAGAACUUUGCUCAAUAUGUUCUUUACGUGCAUGUCAUACCCUAAUUUGUGAUGCUUAUUCUGUAGCCAUUAAUAAAGUUACUUGUAUAUUUGUACUUGA